AUGAUUGCUAGUGAAUUAGAUACAUUAAUCGAAGAUCAUAAUAAUCUUCAAGAUAAAAUCAAUCAAAAGAUUCAAUGUAACAAUUCUAAUAAUUCUUUGUUUAUACAAAUCGAUGAAUGGCAAAGAACGACUAUUGAAAAAGUGAAACAAGUUGCUGAACAAGCUCGCCAACAAGUUAUCAAGUUACUAGACUCGCAAACAUUAGAAAUAAAGGCUGAAUUUGAUAAAUUGUCUGAAGAACUUACUCGAUUAAAAGCAACUAAGAAUUUAGUAGAAGAAAAAUUAAAACAGCUCAAACAAACAGUUUGUCAACUCGAUCAAAAUAUACAACGAGUAAGUUAUGCAUCUGAUAUUGAACUGCAUAUGGAGAAAACUAAGGAAAUUCCAUGGCAUACUCUUAUUUAUGCUGAACAGAAACUUAAUGAUAUCAAAAAACAAGAGUUUCAGCCACAAGUAAAAGAACAAAAACAGACUCCUGCAUCGUCAUAUCAACUAAAACGCACCUGUAAUGGUCAUGCUUGUACAAUAUGUGAUAAUUGUUGUGACUGGAAUUACAAUAAAGAUUAUUAUGCAAUGCGUAGCAGUGCUACUUGCAAUCGUGAUUAUGUUUCUGAAUUAUUCCUUGAUGAUGCUCCUAAUUCUAUUUAUGAUGAUACUCUUUAUAGUGAUAAUGAUGAUUCCCUUUAUCAUGGUCGCAAUGCGAUAUGUCACUGUGAAGAUAAUAUUUAA